AUGGAGCGCACCGAGCUCAAUACCCCCGGCGCCUUUCGGGGUGUUGCUGCAGUGGAUCAACAGACUGGUCGCAACUACGGGGUUGCGGGAGUUAUCUAUCAUCCUGAGGGUAACCCUCGGGGCUUUGCUCGUGCGCCCAUGGAGCCUCUGAGUCGUGAAGGUCGUCAAUAUCUCAAACGGUUUGCUGAUGAUGACGGUGAUCACCGUGUAACCACGUGGCCACCUCGUGACGAGGAUGGAGAUGAUCUCGCAUUGUAUGAAGGACGUUAUGAAAAGGUCAGGGCCUCGAAGCCAAAACCGAUGCCCAAGUCUCCGAACAACAAGUUAUUCAAGAAAUAG